AAAUCCCUUCCAAAUUUAUCAAACCUCCUUCCACUGUUGCUCCGUCGUGAAAACCAACCAAACACCGCAAGAUUCCACCGUUCAGAAUCGCAACCCCAUUUACAAAAAAGGAUUUUUUUUCUUUCCCUUUUCUCUAUAAAAGUUCAAAAUCAUCUUAACAACUUUCUUUCUUUUCAUAUUUAAUUCCAAACACAUCUUAACUUAUAAGGUCUAAGUGAUUAGAACGCCAUUAAUUUUUUCUAGUUAAGAGAUUUUCUUUCAUAACUGAAUUUAUAAUUGAAUUUUAUUUCCCAACCCUAAACCCUUUUCCAAUUAUAGAAAAGGGUUUUUUUGAUUAAUUUACACCGUUUCUGAUUCAUUGCAUUGUUCCGUCGUGUUAAUCUCUAUAUAAAUGCUCUUUUUUGGAUGGAAAUUGGUUACUUUACUGUUAAACCUAUCACUGUAGUUGCUUCACAAUCUUCAGUUCAAACAAUUUCUGAGGGUGUUUUUCGAACAUGGAUUCGAAGAAGUGCAAGCCUUCUGCUGGCAUUGCAUCUUCGAUGAAUGUUGCGCCUUUGAGUGUUCCAAAUCAGGAGGAUGAGAUGGUCCGGUCGCUCAAGGAUAUGGUAGCUGUUGGGAGUGAUGUGGAUAUAGACCUCAGGGAAGUUUACUUUUUAAUUAUGCAUUUUUUGUCUGCCGGGCCAUGCCAGAGGUCUUUUGUUCAGCUCAGGAAUGAACUUUUAGAGCAUCGGCUUCUACCUAGAAGAUAUCAUGCUUGGUUUUCAAGAAGUGGUGAUCCCGGUGAAGAUGAUACCGGCGAUGAUGAUGGCAUCUCUUUACCUUUACAUUACAACAAUUUAGUGGACAGGUAUCCUCAUGUAGCUAAGGAUCACCUGGUAAAGCUUAUGAAGCAGUUAAUGUUAAGUACAUCCCAUCUGUUGAAUGGAAAACAUGGUGGAAGUAGUCCCAAUGCAGCAGACGUUCCAACUUUACUUGGAGAUGGUUCAUUUUCGCUUCUUGAUAUUGAUCGAAAAACGACUGCUAAGCAGGUGAAGCCCCCUCCACUUUACUUGCGUUGGCCACACUUGAAGGCUAAUCAGGUUCAGGGGCUAAGUUUAAGGGAAAUUGGAGGAGGUUUUGCUAAGCACCAUCGUGCUCCAUCUGUUCGCAGUGCAUGUUAUGCUAUUGCCAAACCAUGUACCAUGGUGCAAAAGAUGCAAAAUAUUAAAAAGCUAAGGGGUCACCGUGUGGCUGUCUAUUGUGCCAUAUUUGACGGAUCAGGACGAUAUGUUAUCAGUGGUUCAGAUGAUCGUCUUGUCAAGAUUUGGUCUAUGGAAACUGCAUUUUGUUUGGCUAGUUGUCGUGGACAUGAAGGGGACAUUACUGACUUGGCAGUAAGCUCAAACAAUGCUGUGGUGGCAUCUGCGUCAAAUGAUUUUACUAUUCGAGUUUGGCGCUUACCUGAUGGGAUGCCAAUAUCAGUUUUGCGUGGGCAUGAAGGAUCUGUGAAUACCAUUGCGUUUAGUCCCAGGCCCUCUGCUGUAUACCAGCUGCUAACGUCAUCAGAUGAUGGAACAUGUAGAGUUUGGGAUGCAAGAACUGCACGAAAUCCAUGCGUAUAUGUACCGCGACCUUUAGAUGCUAUAACUGGGAAGGGAAAUGCUCCACCAGCUUAUCUACCAUCCUCAAGUAAUGCCCAACGAGGCAAACAUAUACUUUGUUGUGCAUAUAAUGCAACUGGAACUGUUUUUGUUACUGGUAGCGCUGAUACUUCUGCUAGGGUAUGGAGUGCUUCUUAUAAGCCCAACACCGAUAACUCAGAGCAACCGAUACAUGAGAUGGAUAUAUUAUCUGGCCAUGAACAUGAUGUUAAUUAUGUACAGUUCAGUGGUUGUGCUGUGGCAUCGAAAAUUUCGACAUCUGACUCUUGGAAAGAAGAAAAUACACUGAAGUUCCGAAAUAUCCGGUAUUCUCAUGAUAACAUAGUUACCUGCUCUCGUGAUGGAAGUGCAAUUAUAUGGGUUCCCAGAUCACGUAGAUCUCAUGGAAAAGUAGGCCGUUGGAUUCGUGCAUAUCAUCUAAAAGUGCCACCACCACCCCUGCCUCCUCAACCUCCGCGAGGCGGUCCAAGGCAGAGAUUGCUACCUACUCCUCGGGGCGUCAAUAUGAUUAUUUGGAGUCUAGACAACCGUUUUGUACUGGCAGCUAUUAUGGAUUGCAGAAUAUGCGUUUGGAAUGCAGUUGAUGGCAGCUUAGUGCACUCUUUGACCGGUCAUACUGAAUCUUCUUAUGUUUUGGAUGUUCAUCCUUUCAACCCUCGGAUAGCUAUGAGUGCUGGGUAUGAUGGUCGAACCAUUGUGUGGGAUAUAUGGGAGGGCAUACCUAUUCGAACCUAUGAAAUUGGCCGCUUUAAGUUGGUUGAUGGGAAGUUUUCUCCGGAUGGAACAUCAAUCGUGCUUUCAGAUGAAGUUGGACAGAUAUAUUUUCUGAGUACAGGUCAAGGCGAGUCCCAGAAGGAUGCAAAAUAUGACCAGUUUUUCCUUGGUGAUUACCGACCCCUCAUUCAGGAUACUCAGGGAAAUGUUCUUGAUCAGGAAACUCAACUUCCACCACACCGAAGAAACAUGCAGGAACCACUAAGUGAUUCUAAUAUGAUGCCAUAUCCAGAGCCUUAUCAGACUCAAUUCCAGCGACGUCGUCUUGGUGCUCUUGGCAUUGAUUGGCGUCCUUCAUUGAUAAAUUAUGCUGUUGGUCCAGAUUUUAGUGUUGGUCAGGAUUACCAUGUGACACCUUUGGUUGAAUUGGAAGGAUUGCUUGAUCCACAACCAGAAUGGGAUGCCUUGUUAUGGGAGCCAGAACAUGACAAUGUAAGUGAUGAUAAUGACUCCGAGUACAAUGUGAAUGAGGAUAACUCUAGUGCGGCCGAGCAAGGGACUGUUAGUGCCAUCUCUUCUAGUGAUUUAGAAUACAGCGAAGGUGACUCUAGUAAUACGGAUAGUCGUAGAAGAUCAAGGAGGAAAAAACAUAAUACUGGAGUUGAGGGUACAACUUCUGGAAGGCGUGUUAGGAAAAGAAAUUUGGAAGAGUGUAACGGUAAUAAUCAUGCCAAUAACAGAAUUAAGAAAUCCAAAAGAAGCUCGACAUCAGCCAAAAGGAAAUCUUCCAAAGCUAAGACAUCAAGACCUCAGAGAACUGCCGCACAUAAUGCUCGUAAUAUAUUCUCACAGAUUGAUGAAACAUCUACUGAUGGGGAAGAUGAUGAUUCUGAAAAUGAAUCAUCAGGCAGUUUUCAAGAUUCAGAAAAUCUCAGUGAACCUGAGAGGAAAAUCCAUAGUAAGCGCGAAGAACUUAAAAAGUCCCCAUUGGAGGAGCCUGCCAGUGUAUCCAAGCCACCUUCAUAUUCUGAAUCUCAUGCAAAUCAUAAUAAUAGACCGAGACUGCUUCUUAAGUUUUCAAUUCGUGGUUCUAAAAAGAGUGUUCCUUUAGAGGACACAAAAUUUGCAUGUGAGAAUCAGGUUGAUAUGGCAUGCCAGUCUUCUAGGCCUGAAACCCUUGAAAGUGUUCAAAAAACUUCGCCAGGCACAAGUUUUAUGGACCCAGACACAUAUGGUUUGUCAGAUGUCACUAAUGCCAACCUUCCAGAAUGGCACAACAGAAAUGAAACUGCUAUAAAUCAUCUGGAUACAUCCAUGUGCCAUGAGGGGAGCACGGAUCAGAGCAGACAGAUGAGAAGACACCCAUGUGAACGUUCAAGAUCAGGGGAUGCCUUGUUGACUGACACUGAAGUUAAUGGCCAUCCUGAAUUCAAUGUCAAUGGGAAAUCAGAAUAUACGACCAGCAAGUUAGAGACUGACAGUAGCAUGGUUAAUGUAGAGCUGUCUGAUUUUGAUAAUAUCCAUAACUUUUCAUCGCUCGAAUCUUUGGGGCUUGACAACCAUCAACCAAUUGCUGAUGGCCCCAUAGCAUCUGGUUAUGAUAAGUUGAAUGGUGGUGAUAAAGGCCGGUCUAGAUCUGAUAAAUGCACAGAGGACUCGCGGGAAAACAAUGAAGUUCACUCAAGCCACUCUCAAGACAUCAAAAUGAAAGCACCCGUUAAACCAACAAAAAUAAUUAUCAAAAAGAAACUGCCUCCAGAAGAAAUCGAAGGUUCCAAACUGAAAUUUGGUAGUUCCAAGGCAAAUUCAAUUGGUGCUAGAAGUGAUGUAAUCUCUGGAUAUCCCUCUUUUACAGGGCCUGAUCGACUAACCGAAGCAUUAGAAGGGGAAGAUGACAGAAAUACAAGUUCUCUGCCGCUACUGAAUUCGUAUUCUGACCAGAGAAGUUAUAAUGUUGUCAGUGAUCCUAUUCGUCGAACACGUUCAAUUAGGGUGAAAACAACUUCCAAGGAGCCAAAUGCUUCGAAUACAAGGAUUAAAAUUCGAGGGGGCCAAAGUUCAAGAGGCGUAUCCAGUUUGGAAGACUCUUCUAUCAAUGCGUUUGAUGAACUUCAUCAAAGAACAAGGUCUGCUAGAAACAGGUCUGAUGAAUAUAUUGCCAGUGAUCCUGGUAUUUUAACUCAAAGCAUGCCAAAUCGCCAUGUUAAAAAGCUGUCAUGGCUAAUGCUGUCAGAAGCGCAUGAGGAGGGUUGCCGUUAUAUUCCUCAACUUGGGGAUGAAGUUGUAUACUUGAGACAGGUAGUCUAUGUUGUUUUGAUUAUUUUUUUCCUUAUAGACCAUACAAAUCCACUUUGUUUUGGAAUGCAAGUUUCUGCAAUAUGUUUCUUGGUUUAUAUUCUUGAGCAUUUUUUUUGUCAGGGUCAUGAAGAAUAUAUAAAAUCGAGUCCGACCUCUGAAUUAGGUCCAUGGAUAUCAUUUGAAGGACUAAGGGCUGUUGAAAUUUGCAAGGUUGAAAAGCUUGAGUAUGCUGAGCUCCCAGGUUCUGGGGACAGCUGUUGCAAGUUGAGGCUUAAAUUUGUGGAUCCUUCUUCAUAUGUGCAUGGAAAAUCAUUCAAAUUCACUUUACCCGAGUUGAUCGACUUCUCCGAUUUUGUUAUUGAGAAAACAUUGUAUGAUGCUGCAAUGAAGAAAAAUUGGUCCCCAGAAGAAAAAUGCACAGUAUGGUGGAGGAAUGAAGAUGGGAAAGGUGGAAGUUGGUGGUAUGGUCAAAUAAUUACAGUGAAGGCCAAAUCUGAUGAAUUCCCCGACAGUCCUUGGGAUAGGUUUACGAUCCGGUACGAUACUGAUCCACCAGAAGAUCAUCUGCAUAGUCCUUGGGAACUAAAUGAUCCCGAGAUUCAAAAAUUGGAGCACCCCCACAUUGAUCAUGAGAUCAGAGAUAAGCUGCUGGCUUAUUUCGCUAAAUUAGACCACAGGGAGAAGUAUGAUAUCCAGGCGCUGAACCAAGUAGCUGAGAAGUCGGAGUUUUCAAACAGGUUUCCUGUUACAUUUUACCCUGAACUAAUUCAGUUAAGGUUACAAAAUGACUACUAUCGAAACGUGGAAAGUGUCAAGCAUGAUAUAAUGGUGAUGCUAUCAAAUGCUGAAGACUUCUUUACAGUGACAAAAAAUUUUAAGCAGCAGAGCAAGGUCAAGAGAAUAUCAGAAUGGUUUAGAAGAAAACUUGAAAGGAUAUAGAAAGCCAAAAAUAGGUUAAUAUAGGCUUCUUCUAACAUUGGUUUCCAUUCUUUUAUCCAAUUUUGGAGAACUAAUUGGUCACUAUGCAAUGGUUUUGGUUUUGUAGAAUGUAUAAGGCCAUAGGUGGUGGUAAAUAUUAGUUCUUACCUGUGUAUAUUAUUAUAUAUACAGAUCAUCCUUUUAUAUGCUACAGGUGUUUUACUCAAUUUCAAUAAUAGAAAAAAAAAAGUGUUAGACUUGGUGGUUUUGCCUAGGCCUCCACUAUAGAAGCCCAAGUUUCAACAGAAAAAUACUUCCAUAUCAAUCAGAUCAUUCAUUUUCUACUGUGACUGUAUUCAAGUUGGUUUUUUUAAUUCCUGUGUGAGUGUGUGAAUAGUUAGUCUCUCAUCGACUAUGAAUGAGAUAAAUGUUUGAUAUAUAAAAGACGUGACUUAUUUAAUGCAUAAGCUUUUGGACGGAAA